AUGCAAGAAAGUAUAAAGAAGUUAUACUACUGUGAACCAGGUAAGCCCUUAAUAUCUGGGAUAACUGCUAUUGUUAAUGAUGAAGACUAUGGUGGUUUCAUUUUUCAUGCAUAUGGGACGGAUGGUAAAAUUUGUAUGUAUGUAGACCAUGACGGUAAAGGAAUGGACGAUUGGUUUGGUUUUGACGUAGAAGAGGAGGAUGGAAAUAAUGUAUGCAUUGAUGGUGAUAAGAAUGAGGACGAAAUUGGUAACCUAACAGGUGUGGAUCCGGACUUUAAUGAGGACAUAGUCACUAUGAAUAGGACAAAAGGUGAUGACUUUCUAAAUAAAUUAUGUGGUGAAGAGGAAGAUGGAAAUGAUAACAACAUAGAUGAUGAUGUUGGGCGUGAAGACGAUGCUAAUGCAGUCCUUUCCAUGCUUAUUGCGUCUUUGCAAUCACAAGGUGGACAUGGUUCAUCAUCACGAAGGUUUCCGACACGCAGGAGGUUGAAUGGUCGAUCGGAAGAGGCAGACAUUGCUCUGGUUAUAUCGAUUGAGUGUAGAGUAUCGGGAGGGAGGCACUGA